CUAAAGGACGAGUAAUACGGUAUGAUCCCCACUGAUCCUCGAGAUCGCCUAUGAGAUCGCCUUGCGAUCUUGCUCCCAUUGUGUUAAUUUUGUGCAACAAUUCGCAACCAGUGUCUUGAAAGCUCCGUAAGUCGAAACACAGAGUGUUGAAACCCGCACAGAAUGUUAGCGCCGUAUGUUGGAAGUCGUUGCUCAACGCCUGCUGCCUCGCUAGCGAUGAUCGUGUUUACGCAGCUUGGGAUUUUAGGGGAAAAAGGAAAAGAUAAGCGUUAUCAUUUCAAACGUCGAUGUGCGCUUCCGCGCGCAGCUGGGCUCGGAGGUGACACUUCACUUGGAAUCGAGCAACUGCCACUCGGCCUGACGUGAUCGCGACAUGAGUGAACCGAAGCCGUCCAGCAAAUACGGGGAUGCCAAGCGCGACAACCCCAAACAGGAGAAACACGCCGAGGUCAAGCAGCCUGAUGUCAAGACUAUCGAAGCUGUAUUUCUUGGAGCCUGCGUGGUCGAUCUGAUCAGCUAUGCUGAUCGCUUCCCGGCACCUGGGGAGACUCUGAUUGGUAAUGACUUUGUCAUGGGCCAUGGUGGCAAGGGAGCCAAUUCCUGUGUCAUGGCCGCACGCAUGGGAUUGACGUGCGGCAUGAUCGCAAAAGUUGGCAGUGACAAGAUCGGAAAGGACUACUUGCAGUACCUUCGUGAUAUUAAAGUUAACACAGAUCACGUCAAGCCGGCAGACACAAGGGCGAACAAUGCCACGGCCAACAUCAUUGUAACAAAGAAAGGUCAUAACUGCAUCGUCUUCGUCCCCGGAGCUGCUGCAUUGCUCCUGCCGCAGGACGUGCAGGACGCCGAGCAAGCGAUCAAGAACGCAAAGAUUCUGGUGGCCCUCUUCGAAUGCUCCAGACAGACAAUGCUCGAGGCCCUGAAGAUUGCUCGAAAGCAUAAUGUGACGACAUUUGUAAACGCUGCGCCGUACGAUCCUACAAUGACGGACGAAGUUUACAAGUUGACCGACAUCCUCUGCGUUAACGAGACUGAGGCUAGCAGACUCACUGGCCUCAAGGUGGGCACCAAGGCCGAGUGUCAGGUUGCUGCGGACGCUCUGCUGGCCAAGGGGUGCCGCACCGUGAUAAUCACCGUCGGUGACCAGGGCGCCUACUUUUGCACCAGUUCCAACCGCCUGCUCACUCACGUCCCAGCUGAGAAGGUGGACGUGGAGGAUACGACGGGAGCCGGCGACGCAUUCAACGGGGCGUUUGCAUACCACUACGUGCGGCACCGUGACGUGCCCCUGGCGGAUACCAUCAAGAAGGCGUGCGACGUGGCCAGCAUCACGGUCCAGUCGCCCGGCACCCAGCUUAGCUACCCUCAGCGUGCCGACAUGCCAGAGAGCCUGCUCUAGGACUUUGUACCUACGCCUCGGGAUACCUGCAGGAUGGCAGUUUGCGUACGUGCGCACAUAAAUGAGUGUGCUGAAAGAGAAAAUGUAUGUGCCUUGGGUACCUCAGGUGCACUUUUGCAUGUGCUGCAAGGAAGACCUCAAGUCGAGCUAGAUUGAUAGAUUACUCAACUAGCUCAUCGUAUCAUUUCGAAAAAUAAUUUUCUUUGCGUCAAUGUAUCACUAUGUUGCAUGGGAAAUUGCCGCCGGAGGUCCUGCUGCUGCUGCUGCUCAAUUUGAACAGCCCGCUACAAUAUGGUCAAGCUGAAUUGGUCUUCACGUGACCCCCCUCUCAGUGAAUCAGCCGGUGCUGACUUCACAUGAUAGGUACCCUAGUCCAACGCAGGUGGCGCUGUUCUGGUUUUUCAUUUUCUCACUUACAAAAGCUCUGUUUUCACAGCAAAUGCCAAAUAUGUUGGCAACCCUUUAGGGGUUUUUGUCAUAUGUCUACAACGCUGUUGGUCUGUCCCGCUUGGUUUCUGCCGUACAUGUACGGGGGUGGGGGGAGAUCUUAUGCUUAAUAUUUGACGCAUAUUCAACACCACCGGUUGUUGAGAGCUGCUGCCGUCUCUAUAAAGUUGCACAACCUUAUUUGAAUUCGCCUUUCCACUCACUAGGGCGCACAACCUUGACUUGUUUAUCUCCGCCUGCUCACUCACAUGGUUGCGGGUGCUUCGUCUGCUACAUUCAAGGCGUGCGUGUAGGCGAUAGGAUUGUCUUUUAUGGCUACCGCUUUCGUGUUUCCAGUAGCUUUCCGUUUGGCCAAGGCAGCAGCACGCAGCGCAGGUGCAGCCUGCGCCCUAAGCAAAGAAAGGGAACAUGAUUCAUAUGUGUGUUUCUUGCAACAAGGCGCUCUGCGCUGAGCCCUGCUUCAAAGAGUGCCAUACUCUAAAGAAAAACUAAACACAUUUUUCGACAUCUCGGACAGUAGUAGACAUUUCUGCGUGUGCAUACUCUCCGUGCAUGAAACACGUUUUUGGGACAACUAUACAUUUUGCUGUAAAUAUUUUUUCUUGAUCUCUCACUGUAUAGCUUGUUUUGUGUAUACUUUUAUGCCUGUCAAGUGUUUUUGAGACAGAGUAUUGUUUGCAAUAAAAUUUUUACCGUAUUCAUGAGUUUUCAAUCACUUCCCACUUCUGGAAACUAAAAUUUUAAAGGUUUUUAACCCUCAAAGGGUUAAGCCUAAUCUUUCAGUCUAGCUUGACUUAAUAUUGUAGAGAAACGGUGAAGCUCAUUAGAAAAUUAUGCGUCUGCAAUAGCUAAGUGGCAGCUCUGAUAGAAGGCCUGGCAAGCGAGAAAAUAAGGCGCAGAAACAAGUGGCGACACCGCCUUGAAGUUCCCACGUCACAAGUUGCGACUGCAUCUGCUCAGGCCUAGUUCUUUCUUUGUCAGGCUUAUCACUAAAGAUGGGCUACAUAUAUGUGUUCUAAAAGAGCCAAAGAAUGAGCCUUAGCAUAUUUCAAGAGCUUUUACUACUAAGCCACAAUGUCCUAAAUAUAUUGUUACGUGUGGAAGGACACAGACGAAAGUGGCUAUUUGCACUUGAGCCAGACAGCCAGGCCCACACUCGCUCGCACCAAGGGCACAGACACACUUCGUCUUUCUUGCGGCGGCUCGUCUCUUGAACAUCUCUUGAUAUCGUAAUAAUAUGAAAUAUCAUAUUGAAAUAUGUGACGUCGCACCUACAUACUGGCACUGGUGUUUCGGCACAAAAUUCAAGAGGUGCAAGUUUGACUUUUUCUGUUGUUAUAAUCAACCUACUACAUGACAUCGAAAUUUGAAUAAAAUUUUUGAAAG